AGUUCAUUUCAAUGGUGAGCCGACGUAACGCCUGUGUGUGUUUGUGUGUGGUCCAAACGAAAUCAAAUUUAGUGCAGUUUUUUUGUCGAGUCUGCACAGGCACAGUCACCUGACGUCAAGGUUUUGCGUGUGCCCAGUGCUACGUUGUCUUCUUUUAUUCCUCGCCGAUCCAAUGAAGUCCAAGAUGAGGAUAUUCAUGUUGAUCAGCCUCUCCUGUUGGAUUACUGGUAAUCCUGUGGACGGACAGACAGCGGCUGCUGCAGAGGACUGCCCAUACCCGAAAAUCUGUUCCAGCUCUGAGCCGCUGAACCCCGUGGUAGUGUGCGGCCCCUCCGAGAUGACAGUGCUGCUGAGGCGCUGCGUGCUGGAGGCCCUGGGCCACACCGGCGCCGACCUACAGCUGUUGAACCCGGCUUGUGCACCGAGCGCAGCCUGCUAUGCCGGCGAACCCUACGUGCGCUUCUUGGUGCCGCACGACAACCCCUGCGGCAGCACCCUGAGUGAAACAAACGCAUCCAUCGUCUUCAGAAACGCCGUGUUGAGCGUUGAGAACGUGGGCGAGUCGUGGCGAGCCAAACGCAUCCAUCUCGAGUUCUCCUGCUCCUAUCCAGCGGUCGCCUCGCUGAAGCUCGGGUCCCCUUCUAACACUGUCCCGCCAGGAUCUAUGCCACAGGUCAAUUUGGGCAUUGUGCCAACAGUACAAUCGGUGCCCGGAACGACCACAAAAUCGAUUGGUCAGUUACCUGUUUCAAGGCAGAAUUCCACAUCGGUUCUGAGACAAAACAACCAACCGGUGCUCGGAACGACCACGAAAUCGGCCGGCCAGUUACCUGCUUCAAGGCAAAAUCCCACAUCGGCUCCGAGACAAAACAACCAACCGGUGCCCGGAGCAACCACGAAAUCGGCCGGCCAGUUACCUGCUUCAAGGCAAAAUCCCACAUCGGCUCCUAGACAAAACAACCAACCAGUGCCCGGAACAACCACGAAAUCGGCCGGCCAGUUACCUGCUUCAAGGCAGAAUCCCACAUCAGCUCCGAAACAAAACACCCAACCGGUGUUUGGACAGACCAGCCAACUUGGAUCUGGACAAAAUAACACAGCCAGUCCUGGAAAAACCUUCCAAGCCGGUUCCACAAGGGCCACACAGGCCCAGUUUAGUGGCAUAGUUCCAAAGAAUGCUCUCCUGCUUGCCUUAAAUGGACGCUCGUGUAGAAGCACUCAUGAUCCCGGCGCCCUGCUGCUCCUGGCGAGCGUUUUGUUCACACUCAUCUUCGUAGUACAAAAAUGAAGCUUCAAGUGGACAAAAACACUGGAACAGUUCUCCUUAUAAAGCAUCCUCAUUUGACGAUACUGAUUAGGUUUAUAUAAAUGCACACACACAAAACUUAAUUUUUUACAUCACCAGUAGAU